CAUGGGGGGAAUGGCAGGGCUGGAUGCCUGGGAGGGCCUGGGCUGAGGAGGAGAGUGGCAGUGCCCAGAGUGGGGGUGCAAGGUCCUGCUAGGGGCAGGGUGUGCUGGGGCACAGCACAGGUCUGUGCCCAGUGCUUGUCAUCAUUCAAGCAGUGUGGGGUGGUUGGGGGUACAGGCAGGAGUGGCAGCAGCUGGCAAUGCCACCAGCUGCAUUACCAGCCUGGGGUUGGCAGCAGCCACGGUGGCAGGGCCCCAUGGCAGGGCGUCCUGUCUGUGCCAUGGGGCCAGGCGUGGGUGGGAGCGGGUGCACCCCGAGGAGGAAUGUGGGCUGGGAGGGGCUGUGGUUUCACCUGUGGCACUCCGAGUGCAGCCAGCAGUGCAGCAGCAGCCGCCGUGCAGCAUGGCCGAAAAACCCCAAAUCCAGCUCUUCAUCAAGGUGAGCAGGGUCCUCAGGUCAGUGCCCCAGGCCACGGGUAGCUCUGGCAACCAACCCUGGCAGUGCUGUGGUGGGGUGGCUGGGCUGCCCCUGCCCACUGCAGUGCCCAGAUGUGGGGCACUGGGCAGGCAGGGUGGCAGAUAGUGGGCAGUGGGUCAGGCGCUGGGUAGGCAAUGGGGCUGACAACAGGCAGUGGGGCAGGCAGGGGACAGCAGGCAGGUGGGGGGACAGGCAGCAGGCAGGACAGGCAGUGGGCAGCUCGGGCUCUUCUCCAGGGCACACUGCUUGCUGCUUCCUGCCCUGCAGGCACAGGGGCUGUGGGGGCUAAACCUGGGGAGGUUGGAACAGGUUUCCACCGAAAGCAGGUCCCAGCAGCACAGCAUCUGCCUGCACCUGCCAGGCCCUUCCCAGCCCCCACCUGGCCAGGGCAGUCUGUCUGGCUGUGCAGGCCAGGACAGGGCUCACCUGGGAUUAUGGCUGGAGUUGACAGGGCCACCAAUAUCUCUGUCACCUUCCUCUGGCACAUCUCUGCUGCUGGACUGUCCACUGCCACUGCUACCCCUGCUGCCACUACUGCUCUCAAGCCCUUGUCUCCCUGGCACUGUGAGACUGCCGCAGUCUGGAGGUCCUUGUCCCCAGAGGGUGCCAGGGCCAGCACUUGCUGUGCCAUGUGGCUGCUCUGGGUGCGGCACUGAGAUUCUGGGAGCAGGCAGGGGCCAGGAGCUGGCAUCUUGCCUGGCAUAGCAGGUGCCAUGGGCAGCAGCACAGCUUGUCAGGCUGGGCUGGGGCAUGUGCCCUAUCAUCUUCAUCCUGCACCCUCUGGGGCGGACCCCAAUGAGAACAUGCCAGGGCAAAAGGGCAGCUGAGCUCUCCUUCUGUUACAGGCAAGCGAGGAUGGGGAGAGCGUAGGGCACUGCCCCUUCUGCCAGCGGCUCUUCAUGGUGCUGCUGCUCAAAGGGGUGCCCUUCACCCUCACCACUGUGGACGUGAAGAGGGCGCUGGAUGUGCUGAAGGACUUCGCUCCAGGUGCCCAGCUGCCCGUCCUCCUCUACAACGGCGAGCCCAAGACCGACACCGUCACCAUUGAGGAGUUCCUGGAGGACCAGCUGGGCCCCCCCAUGUGCCCCAGUCUGGUCCCACAGUACCCGGAGUCAAGUCUGGCUGGGAACGACAUUUUCCACAAAUUCUCUGCCUUCAUCAAGAACCCAGUACCUGCCCAGGACGAGGCUCUGCAGCGGAGCCUGCUGCGGGCCUUGCUGAAGCUGGAUGAGUACCUGAAUGCCCCUCUGGAGCACGAGCUGGCCCAGGACCCCCACCUCCGGGUCUCCCGGCGCCAUUUCCUUGACGGAGACCACCUCACAUUGGCUGACUGCAACCUGCUGCCAAAGCUCAACAUUGUUCAGGUUGUGUGCCAGCACUACCGCCACUUUGGGAUCCCCAAGGACCUGCAGGGCGUGUGGCGGUACCUCAACAGUGCCAGUGAGACCAAGGAGUUCAAAUACACCUGCCCCAACAGCCAGGAGAUUAUAGAAGCGUAUCGUUCCGUGGUCCGGGCACCGCAGUGAGCCGGGCAUGUGCCCCGGUGGGUGCAGGGCCAAGGCUGGGGUCAGGCAGGAGGUCAGCGCCCACCCUGCCCCUGCCUGCAGGGGCUCAGGAGAGCUGUGCCACUCACACCCAAAUUCGCUCCACUGGCACACAGGUGCUGGCAGCAAUCUGCAGUGCACUCAGCCCCUCUUGUGCCACCCACCCUUCCUCACAACCAGGACAAGCUCUGUGGCCCCUCGAGCACCAGGAUGAGGGCAAAGGGGGACAGCCACACACCACAGCUGUGCCCAGCUGAGGGCAGGGACAGAGCUGGGGAAAACAAGCUGCCCUGCAGCCACUUGCACAGGCAGGCACACCGUGCCACCCACCUGGGCAGCAGGCACCACAAGGUGCCCUCACACCUGCACCAGGUGUGGGGACCUGGCACAGCCAUAGAGACCUAGGAACUGGGUCUUUAUGGCUGUGUCCAGAGAGCUGGAGGGGAAUAGCACAGGCAAUGGGCACAGGUCAGUUCCCCCCAGAACUCACUAUUAGGAAGCCCUCAACAGACUUGGGGGUUGUGAAGCAGGGAAAGCCCAAGAUAAGCUUCAAAGUUCCUGGAAAUCAAUAAAAGCUUUGCAAGUAAGACCAG